ACAGUAUCAUCUGUUCAGUUCCCAAACAAACUUUACCAACUCACUCCAAUCCGCAACUUUUCCUCCAGCAUCCAUCGAAAAGUCCCGUCGCCAGUCAGAUCCGCUGGGAAAACAAACGCAGAAAUGUCCCCUCCGUCCGCACGGCUUCAAACCAAGCCCGUGAUAACGUGUCUGAAGACAUUUCUGAUCUCGUACAGUCUGAUUUUCUGGUUCACAGGAGUGAUCUUGUUGGCUGUUGGAGUAUGGGGAAAGGUUAAUUUGGAGUUCGACCUCCUCCUGAAUUCAGACAAGGUUACCAAUGCACCAUAUGUCCUCAUUGGGACCGGAGCCAUCAUCAUCAUCUUCGGGUUGUUCGGUUGCUUCGCGACCUGCCGUGGAAGUCCAUGGAUGCUGAAGCUGUAUACUAUGUUCCUGACGCUUGUGUUCUUAGCUGAACUAGUGGCAGGUAUAUCCGGCUUUAUUUUCAGACAUGAGAUUAAAGCAGUGCUUCAAGGUGCCUAUAAUAAAGCUGAAUCAGUCUACAGUGAUAAGAACAAUGAAGAUCUGGACAGAAUCCAGAGAACACUGCAAUGCUGUGGAGAGAAGAACUACACCAGCUGGGCAAACACGGAUUACUUCAAAAGCGAGGGCAUCCCCAAAAGCUGCUGUAACAUGACUGCUGGUGGAAGCUGCACUUCUGCAGAACUUAAAGAUCUUAACAAGGCUGCAUUAGUGGUAUAUCAACGGGGCUGUUUCUCCCUGAUGACUGCAACAUUGGAGGCCAAUCUUGGAAUUAUUGCUGGAAUUUCUUUUGGAAUUGCAUUCUUCCAGCUCAUUGGGAUAUUCCUGGCAUGUUGUCUGUCUCGCUAUAUCACCAACAACCAAUAUGAGCUGGUGUAGUGAUCCACAGGGUAUCAACUGGAGAUCACAGAGGGCUGAACCUGACAAAAGGGAAAACAUUUAGUUUCAGUGUUUUGUAUGUGUGCCUUUGCUAAACAUUUCAUUUUAGAGAAUUUCUGACUGCUUUUUAAAGAAUAUUUCUUGUUGGUAACUACAUUAAAGGGAAGGAACCCAUUCCAAAAGGGUACGUUGAUUUUGCAUUUGUUUUGCCAGAGUGUAUAUAUAACAGUGAUUACAGAAGUUUGUAGAAAGUGCAUGUGUUUUAGCCGGUUACACCAGGAACAUUCAGUCAGUUAUGCAGUAAACAGUGUACUGCACACCUUGACAUUUGUUUAACUGGAAUUAACACGUGCUAAAACUUUGCAUCUAGUAAAAACAGUAGUAAAAUUUCUUGCA